GGUCUAGAGGGAGAGAAGGGAAGGAUGUUGCGGAAAUGUAUGUGUGGGGAGAGGGUCGAGGGACGCGUGUCUGGUGUGAGGAUCAGAUCCAGGAUCCACAGAGCCCAGUUUUGUCCUUUGCCCGCUGGGCUUCACUGUGUAUCAGGGAAACCCCUCCCAGGGCAGCAUAGACGGUCCAAAAUUGUAUCAUAUUCUGUCCCCUCUCAGGGUUCUCGAACGUGAGAGGUAAUAAUUUCAUGGGGGUGUGAGGGGUGGGGCGGGGAGUCCCACUCAGAAACAUUAGCGUCCAGCAGGAGGCUCUGGUAGUCAUUUAGUCGAUGGUACCUUGGAACACUAAUACAAAGUCACAUCAACCAGUGCUUCUACAAUGUAGUGUAUGGUCAUAAUUCGUGAUUUUAAAAAAUGAGCUCGUGGGAUCACGGUCUUGGCAGGAUGCAUCAGGACAACUGGGCGUGAUGGUUUCAGCAAUUAUUCUUUAACAAACUGAAAAUGAAUGAAAAUAAAGAAACUGAUUCAAAAGAAACUGGAGAAUAUGAAGAUGACUUUGAAAAGGACCUCGAGUGGUUAAUUAAUGAAAAAGAAAUUGAUGCCAACAUAAUAGAGAUGGCUUAUGAGAAGGAAGAGAAUAUUAAUCAGGAAUUAAAAGAAAAUGAAACAGAAAUAGAACACGUGAAACACCUUGAUAAGUCUUUGAAGGAUGAGGUUUCACCAAGAAGAAAUGACUUUAUUUCUAUCCCAAGUAUUCAGUCUUUGGAUCGCAUCUCAGAUUCAGAUAGUGAAAACUCUUUUCAGGAAUCCAAACUAGAAAGUCAGAAAGACCUGGAGGAGGAAGAGGAUGAGGAAGUAAGCAGAUAUAUUAAGGAGAAAAUCGUACAAGCUAACAAGCUUCUACAGACCCAAGAACCGGUGGAUGAUAAAAGGGAACGAAAACUUAAGUUCAAGGACAAAUUAGUUGAUCUGGAAGUUCCUCCACUAGAAGACAAUGAUACUUACAAAAAUUAUUUUGAAAAUGAAAAUCAUAUGUCUGGAAAACUAUCCCAGUUAUGUAUUUCCAGUGAGUUAGGGCAAGAAAAUGUAUUCCUGUCUCUCACUGAAGGAAGCUUUGAAGAAAACAAGGAUAUGAAGGUACUGGUAGAGAAAGAUGGAAAGUUUGAACUUCUGAAUUUACAAGAUAUUGAGAGCCAGGGGUUUUUGCCCCCCAUCAGUAAUGCUAAUAGUACCAAAAAUGAUCCUCAGCAGUUGUUACUCAGAUCUCCCAACUCAUCUAUCAAUGGUGUCAAGAAAGAAGAGCCCACAGCAAAGACUCACCUUACUCAGUCAUCAACAGGAGAGCCACUGGCUUAUGUCCCUCAGCCACCACCCAACCCCAAGAUUCGUCCACACUCUGCUGCCACCUCACAUAGGAAUAAAGGAAAUGGGAAAUCUCAUCAUCGGACACAGUCUGCCAAUAUGUCUCCCAUGACCUCAACAUACUAUCUUUCCCUUCAACAGAAAGAACUCCAGAAACAGCUAGAAAGGAAGAGAGAAAAGCUUAAGAGAGAAGAAGAACAACGGAAAAUAGAAGAAGAGAAACAAAAGAAAAAAGAGAAUGACAUGGUUUUCAAAGCAUGGUUGCAAAAAAAGAGAGAAAAGUUUCUAGAAAUGCGGAGAAUCCAGCGAGCUAAGCAAAUUGAGGACAAGAACAGCAGACAGGAAGAUAGAGAUCCGCAAGAAGCUUUUCGAUUAUGGCUUAAGAAAAAGCAUGAGGAGCAGAUGAAAGAAAGAAAGUCAGAAGAACUAAGAAAGCAAGAGGAAUGCUUAUUCUUCCUUAAAGGAACAGAAGGCCAGGAAAAGGCUUUUAAACAAUGGCUAAGAAGGAAACGAAUAGAGAAAAUAGCAGAGCAGCAGGCUGUUGAAGAGAGAGCUAGACAGCUACGACUAGAAGCAAGGCGUUCGAAACACUUACAGAACUACCUGUAUAAUAUGCCAGAAGCCAAAUCUUUUCGUUUUACUGAUCAUUAUAACUGAAGGAAUUUAGUAAACAUCUGUCAGCUGCUAUCAUCAAAAAUUUUUGUAUCGUUUUUUAUGGCUCUUGUGUCUUGGUAAUACUCUAAAUUAUGAAUACUCUAAAUUAUAGUAUUUAUCUUUUGGUGAUACUGAUAUUUUUAACACUGUAACAAAAUAAACUCAAUUUUGGAAUGUGUUGUGCCCCCUCUUAGUUUGUGCAACAAUUAGAAAAAGAAUAAACUCAUGUUCUUCUACUUCUAAAGUAUUUUAACAUUUUUGUCUAAAAAGAAAAUAGAAAGGGAGGGAGUUCUACACAUUGUUCCUACUACCAUUUUUAA